AUGCCAGCGGAAAAAUCAAUAUACGAACCCAAUCCGGAAAUCAGUCGGAAUGCUUACAUAUCCAGUUUCGAGGAAUAUCAGAAAUUUUAUCGCGAGUCCAUAGACAAUCCUGCGGAAUUCUGGUCGCGAGUAGCCAAGCAGUUUCAUUGGGAAACGCCUGCCGAUCAGGAGAAAUUUUUGCAAUAUAACUUCAACAUUUCCAAAGGACCCAUCUCAAUCAAAUGGAUGGAGGGCGCCUCGACCAACAUCUGCUAUAAUCUCUUAGAUCGCAACGUGCGCAAUGGCCUGGGCGAUUCCAUAGCCUAUUACUGGGAGGGCAACCACCCCGACGACUAUUCGCGCGGCCUCACCUACCGAAAGCUGUUGGAGGAGGUUUGCCGUUUCGCGAACGUGUUGAAGGACCAUGGCGUGCAGAAGGGCGAUCGUGUGUCCAUCUAUAUGCCCAUGAUUUUGGAGCUGCCCAUUGCCAUGUUGGCGUGCGCACGCAUCGGAGCCGUGCAUUCGAUUGUGUUUGCGGGCUUCUCUUCGGACUCGCUGGCCGAGCGCAUGUUUGAUUGCAAGGCCAAGCUGUUGGUUACGGCCGAUGGCGCUUGGCGUGGCAAUAAGCCUCUCUAUCUGAAGGCUCUGUGCGAUGUGGCCAUGGAGAAGGUCGAGGAGAUGGGCCAUUCGGUGGAGAAGUGUAUUGUAGUGUCGCAUUUGAAGCGCGUGACGCCCUGCCAGGAGGAUCAUGUGCAGGAUGAAAUUCCAUGGACCGACGAUCGCGAUUACUGGUGGCACGAGGAGAUGGAGGACAAGGAGCCGGCUUGCUAUCCCGAGUGGAUGUCUGCCGAGGAUCCCCUCUUCAUGCUCUACACCAGCGGCUCCACCGGCAAGCCCAAAGGUGUGUUGCACACCACAGCAGGAUAUUUGUUGUACGCGGCCACAACAUUCAAAAUCGUCUUCGACUAUAAGCCCGGCGACAUCUACUGGUGCACUGCUGACGUUGGCUGGAUUACUGGACACACAUAUGUGGUUUAUGGACCACUCGCCAAUGGCGCCACCUCUGUCAUUUUCGAGGGAACCCCAUUCUAUCCGGACAACGAUCGCUACUGGGCCGUCAUCGACAAGUACAAGGUGACACAAUUCUACACCGCACCCACAGCCAUACGAGCGCUGAUGAAAUUCGGAGAGGGGCCUGUUCUCAAGCACAACUUGACCGGUCUGAAGGUGCUUGGCAGCGUGGGUGAGCCCAUCAAUCCGGAGGCUUGGCUCUGGUACUAUAAAUACAUUGGCAAGGAGCAGUGCUCCAUUGUGGACACAUUCUGGCAAACGGAAACUGGUGGACAUGUUAUAACGCCCCUGCCUGGUGCCACACCCAUGAAACCUGGUUCAGCUUCCUUCCCGUUCUUUGGUGUGAAGCCGACGCUGCUAGACGAGUGUGGCACUGAAAUCAAAGGUGAAGGUGAAGGCUAUUUGGUCUUUUCACAGCCUUGGCCUGGCAUGAUGCGCAGCCUGUACAACAAUCAUGAGCGUUUCGAGGACACAUAUUUCUCAAAGUUCCCGGGCUACUACUGCACGGGCGAUGGCGCACGUCGCGACGGGGAUGGGUAUCUGUGGAUUACUGGUCGUGUUGACGACAUGUUGAACGUGUCGGGCCAUCUGAUGUCUACAGCCGAGGUAGAGUCUGUGCUGACAGAGCAUCCCCGAGUGGCCGAGUCGGCCGUCGUUUCACGUCCGCAUCCUGUUAAGGGCGAAUGCCUUUACUGCUUCAUUACGCCCAAUGAGAACGAGGAGUUCGAUCAGAAGCUUGUGGCGGAUCUGAAGAAGUUGGUACGGGAACGCAUUGGACCAUUUGCCAUGCCCGAUGUGGUACAGAAUGCGCCUGGCUUGCCCAAGACACGUUCCGGCAAGAUAAUGCGUCGUGUGUUGCGUAAAAUUGCGGUCAAUGAUCGCAAUGUGGGUGACAUUUCGACCCUGGCCGACGAGCAGAUAGUCGAGCAGCUGUUUGCCAAUCGUCCCGUAGAGAGGAAGUAGAGUGCGGGAUUCUUGCAAAUGCUUAUACACUAUAUGCUGUAUGUGCUAGCUAUCCGUACUAUAUAGUGGACUAUAAUUUCGCCCCCUCCCUUUGCAAUUUAAUCUCAACAGUAUGCAGUAAGCGUACUGGUUUGCUUAUAGCUUAAAGAAAAAGAGUUCUACUCGACUUUGCCAUAGUUCCAUGCAAUCGCUCAAAGGUGUUCCGGCAUUUUUAGUCUAAUGGCGCUCGAAUCGGCGUCGUGUUUUCGUACGUGUUUUGUAAAUCUCCUUUCCGAAAAUUUUACGAUUUCUAAUCUAUCUGCGUAGUUUGUAAGCUGUGUGUAAGUAAACCAACCCAAAAGCAUUUGCACCCAAUAUUUUGUGUGAAAUAUUUUAUGCGUGUCUGUGCCUGCGUUUUCAAUUGGUUUUUCCACAUUUCCACGUAGUGAACAAGAAUAGAACACUACACUAAGAGCGCACAUUUUUCCACUUAAUUUGUUUGUUUGUUGUAGUUUAGCUUAAGUUCUUGCUAAUUCGUUGUGAUAAAAUUUAAUUAUACAAUAAUUAUGAUUGUAGUAUGUUUAGUAGAAUUUAUAUAAAUAUAUAUACACGAUUCCAGUAAUAGCCACGAAGUA